UUGUUGCAUUUCAACAUGUGUGCACGUGGAUUCACUGGGACUAUUCUGUUUCCAUGACCAGUUAUAAAUAUGUCGACCGAAAAUCCUGGGAAACGACAUUUGCCAUUUUAUACUGGAGAUAGGCAGUUGGCUCGACGUGUACAAGAGCAUUUGGACAGCUUCCCUUUAGGGUGCUAUGUAGAUCCUGUGCUGAUUGCUGAUGAUCUUCAACAGACGUACAGGGAGUAUGGGAGAAGGAAAAGACUUGCUUUCAGGAAGACAGUGCAGAGAGUUUGUGACUGGGUUGCAAAGCAAAAGUCCAAGCAGUCAGGUCUAGACGUCAUGGAACAAAGACAUCUUUCAAAGAGGAGGAAACAGGACAAAUGCAAUGGAGAAGGCAGUUUGAGCAGACAGGACAGGGAAGCAUUGAAUGAUGGUAGCUCAGACAGUUUCUCUGACGACAGUGAGGAUUAUGUGGAAUCUAAGGAUACAAAUAUGGUGAACGCAGCCCUCAGCAAACUGUACAGCAAGGGCACACCGUCAGCCUCAAGUUCACCCAGCCCUGGCCUGAAGCCACAGACAAGUAAUCUUGCAGGAACCCCAGACACAACACCUGGCAGACCGCCGGGCAGACAGGGCAAGGCAGACUCAGAUGGAGAUAGUAUGGAACUGGGAAACUUGUCAAUGGAUCAUCUAGAUGACGGAGAGGAUGUUGACGAUGCUCCAUCAAGACGUGGAAGAGAGAUGCUGCUGCCAAGGACCUUGGCUACAGAGGCCACUCCUAUUCCUUCAGGGAGUUCCACUCCACAGACUGGCAUGAAGAGACUUAAGGACAAGAAGAGGAAGUCCAGCAAUCAGACGAUGAUGGAGGAGGAGUCGACAGCCAAGAAAGGGAGGAUGGGGCAGGAGAGGGGGCGCAAAGCCAAGAAGAUUGUGGAACCCCAACAGUCAACAGUAACUUUCAGUGACGUUGGAGGAAAUGAUGAAACUUUACAUGAGCUGUGCAAGUUGCUGAUCCACAUGCGCCAUCCUGAGGUGUACCAGCAGCUAGGGGUGACCCCACCCAGGGGAGUGCUUCUCCAUGGACCCCCAGGAUGUGGCAAGACCUUACUGGCCCAUGCCAUUGCAGGGGAGCUUCAGCUUCCAUUUCUGAAGAUAGCAGCAACUGAGAUAGUGUCAGGUGUGUCCGGAGAGUCGGAGGGUAACAUCAGGGACCUCUUUGAAGAAGCCAUGGGUCUAGCUCCUUGUAUCCUGUUCCUGGAUGAGAUUGAUGCAAUUACUCCUAAGAGGGAGACAGCCCAGAGAGAGAUGGAGAGGAGAAUAGUGGCUCAGCUUCUCUCCUGCAUGGAUGAACUGAGCACGAGUCCUCUGCAUGUGCUGGUAAUCGGCGCUACCAACCGAGCCGAUUCCCUGGAUCCAGCGCUAAGAAGAGCUGGAAGGUUUGAUCGAGAGAUCUGUCUGGGCAUACCUGGUGUCAAGGAAAGAGAGAGGAUACUGCAAGUUCUGUGCAGAAACUUACGUCUGUCUCAAGACUUCAGCUUUGCCAGUCUGUCAUCGCUCACACCAGGCUAUGUAGGAGCUGACUUGAUGUCACUCUGUAGAGAGGCAGCCAUGUGUGCUGUUAACAGGAUAUUCCACGACCUCCAAGUGCCAUCUGAAAAUGUUCAACCAUCACCUAUCUCAGACAGCACAUCAUCACGUCUAUGCAUUGAGGCAGACAAUGGUGGAGAAAACAGAGCUAGUCAAAGUGCACAAACUGGAAAGCAGACGAGUCCAGGAACUAUACAGGAUGUGAAGGAGGCUGAGCAAGCAGACCCGAAACCAUCAUAUCAUUUAGCCCUUAGUUGGUUAAAAGAUCAUUCACCACUCACAGAAGAACAGUUAGAUGAAUUGUACAUUGAGAUGAAAGACUUCGAGGAAGCACUACCACACGUGCAACCUUCUGCCAAGCGUGAAGGUUUUGCUACAAUUCCAGAUGUGACAUGGGACGACGUCGGUGCACUACACUCAAUCAGGGAGGAGCUCUCCAUGGCAAUUCUGGCUCCUGUGAGAAACCCUGAUGCUUUCAAGAUGCUGGGUCUGACAUCACCACCUGGUAUCCUGUUAGCUGGUCCCCCAGGAUGUGGCAAGACUCUGCUGGCAAAGGCCAUAGCUAAUGAAUCAGGCAUUAAUUUCAUAUCAGUUAAAGGCCCUGAGCUCAUGAAUAUGUAUGUUGGAGAGAGUGAGCGUGCUGUGAGACAGUGCUUCCAUCGUGCAAGAAACUCAGCUCCAUGUGUCAUCUUCUUUGAUGAACUGGAUGCCCUCUGCCCCAAGAGGUCAGAUUCUGCAGAGUCUGGCUCCAGUGCCCGUGUUGUCAAUCAGCUCUUGACUGAGAUGGAUGGCCUUGAAGCAAGGAAGCAAGUCUUCAUAGUUGGAGCUACCAACAGGCCAGAUAUCAUUGAUCCAGCUGUACUGAGACCUGGACGUUUGGACAAGACCUUGUAUGUGGGAAUCCCCAGUCCUGAAGAUAGAGUAGCCAUACUGAAGACUGUCACCAAGAAUGGUACAAGACCUCCAUUAGCUGAUGAUGUCAUCUUAGAGAACAUUGGACAUGAUGACAGGUGUGAUGGCUUCAGUGGAGCUGACCUGGCUGCCUUGGUGAGAGAAGCCUCCAUGGCUGCUCUAAGGGUAGUCCUGUGGAGUGUACCAACAGGCACUAACCCAAGGGGUGGUGGAACAGAGAGGGGCACUGGAGUUUCCCAAGUAGCUGUGACUGCAGCUGAUUUUGAGUCUGCUUUUGCUAAAGUGAAGGCGUCUGUGUCUAAAAAGGAUCGAGAGCGAUACAGAAAACUGCGCUUGAAUGCACUGGACUUGUCUGACGAACACAAAGCAGCAGCGCCUACAUGUACAUGAGAUGACUUCUGACUAUUUUGUCCAAAAGAAAACAUCUUAUCUUGUGAACUUGAGAUUUUGGCUUGAAACUUCGGUUUUUCCAACACAUAUUUCAGUUACAAUAACACGACAUGGCUCAUUGCAUUGUAUGCCGAGGUUCAGAAUCUAAAUCGAAUGGUUAGAUUCAAGAAAUAGAGAAUUUCAGCCUUGGCCUUGCUGAAUAAAAGUAACAAGUCAUCAUGGCAAACAGUAAGUAUAACUCUAGAUAAAGGCACAUCUCUCACACAGUGGGUUAUGAGUGAAUGAAUGAAAAGGGACUACACGUGUAUAUAUUUCCAUAUGGCAUUGACAGUUUUGGGCAAAGGGCAGAUUUAAAUCCUAUUUCUACAGACAUUUAUGCAACCCUAAAUUAUUCCUUGAAAAUCUAAGAUUAUUUCCUUGUGUAUAGUUGGGAAUGUGACAAAACUGACAAAGGGUCACCACAGAAGCUGUCCUUUUAUGUUGGAUAUUUAUUUUACCAUUUUAAAAUUACCAUCAAUCCAUGAGCUGUAAAACCUGUACAUUACAUCAAGCAAUGUAAUAAAUAGAAUUUGACCUAA